CUAUCCCACAAUGCACAGGCACCUGCAGAUCUUAUGUUGAAUUUACAUCAAUUUUGUCAAAAUUCCUCAUUGCAAAGUCAAAUUUUUUUGAUGAAACUAAAGCGGAAGAACGAGCCUAUGACCAAGAUACAAACAUUCUUGAGUAAGUGACGGUAAGGGACCGUGCUGAAGAACUGGAGUAGAUUCCAAGUUGGGGGCGGAUUCCUAGUUGUAAUAAAAAAUACGGUCCCUCGGCUUGGCUGCCUGAUUUUGCAAUAUUUUACAAAUGAUUGAUUGAUUGUACUCCAGACCGAGACUGCACCGCCAUGUGUUGAAGAUUAUUUUGGUUUUUUUUUUUUGUUUAGAAGGCUGCUGUAAAACCAAUAGAAAUGGCCAUGCAAUUUGGAGGAAUCACUGGGGACCCAUGGCGCAUAACAGUUGAAGACCGGUCAAAACAUGACGCACAGUUCUUUCAGCUCAAGCCUGUGUCUGGCUUUAUUACUGGUCACCAGGCCAGGGGGUUCUUUAUCCAAUCUGGAUUACCACAGCAAGUUCUGGGACAAAUCUGGGCUCUAGCUGACAUGAACAAUGAUGGAAAGAUGGACAGGAAAGAGUUUUCUAUUGCUAUGCAUUUAAUCAAAAAUAAGUUAAAGGGUUUGGAGUUGCCAAAAGUCCUGCCAGCUUCCUUGAAGGCAGACCCAGUGCCAUCUGUGGGCUCCUUUGGCCCAGGUGGUGGCGGUGGAUUGGGGAUGAACCCUGGCAUGGCCAUGGGUAUGCCAGCAUCAGUUGGGAUGGGAAUGGGUCCAGGUCCUGGCAUAGCCCCACCCUCCUAUACCAGUGUAGUGGCACCAUCCAAUGGAUACAUGAUGGCACCUAUGGGAAGUGCCACUCUGCCCCAUGGGUUUGGUGCCAGUGCUCCUAUGGCAGGAGACAAAACCAGAGCUGGCUCAAUAAACACUAUGGACCAGAGGACCCGGUCUUCAUCUAGCACUGGUGAAUGGGCAGUACCACAGCAGAGCAAGCUCAAAUACAAUCAAACUUUUAACAUCCAUGACAGGAUGAAAAGGGGAUAUCUCUUAGGUGUUGAGGCAAGGGGUAUUCUUAUGCACACUGGAUUGCCGCAUCCCAUACUGGCACAAAUAUGGAACCUCUCAGACAUAGACAAGGAUGGCAAGUUGACAUCUGAGGAAUUUUGCCUGGCAAUGCACCUCAGUGAUAUGGCCAAAUCGGGACAAACCCUCCCUGCCACCCUACCCCCAGAUCUGUUACCCCCAUCCUACAGGCGGGGUAGGUCUGGUAGUGCAGUGGGCAUACCACCAGCAAUGGCUGCUGGACCCACACAGCCCAUGACAGGGGGCAUGACCGCCCAGAAGGACACAUUUGGUGAUCUGCUUGGUGGCUUUGGGAUGGGACAACCAGCAGUCCCAGUUCCUGCACAGAAUGGAGAAACUAUGCAGGAUGAUUCCAAACUUGAUGAAGGGACAGACCUCUCUGCAUCAGCACCUGCUGCACCAGUCACAUUUGAAGACAAAAGAAAGGAGAACUUUGAUAAAGGCCAAGCUGAGUUGGAGAAAAGGCGAGCCUUUCUCAGAGAUCAGCAAGAGAAGGAAAAGGAGGCUAGACUUGCAAAGGAAAGAGAAGAACAGGAGAAAAGGGAAAGACAGAGGCAAGAACAAGAAAGGAAAAAGCAGAUGGAAUUAGAAAAACAGAGACAAAAGCAGAUGGAAAUAGAAAGAGAGCGGGAAGAACAGAGGAGGAAAGCUAUGGAGGCUAGGGAGGCUGCCAGGAGAGAAAUGGAAAGACAAAGGCAGCUGGAGUGGGAGAGACAAAGAAAGACACAGUUACUAGGUGAAAAGCACAGAGAAAAGGAGCAGGUUGAUAACAUGGAGGCUCAAGUGAGCAAAUUGAAGUUUGACCUGGAAGCCCUGGAUACCAAAAAAGUUGAAAUUGGCCAAAAAAUUGGGCUAGCCAAGGUGCAAGUGACAGAAUAUACACAGACCAUAGACCAAAUGAGAGAGGUUAGGGAUAGUAGACUGGCAGAAAUAGAAAGACUGAACAGUCAGUUACAAAACUAUAAUCAGAGAAUGCACUUUCUACAGCAAGAGAAAGAAAAUUUGAAUACCAAGCACCAGACUGCUCUUCAAAAUAACCCCUUAUCGGAUACAUAUAAAACAGUUUUACAUACAUAUAAUGCCAAAAAAUCCAGUAUAGAGGCUCUACGCCAGCAGCUACAAGAGUUAGAAAAUGACAAGGCCAGAAAAUCAGAAGAACAAAGUAGUAACAAUUCUCAAUUAAGUGAAAUGAAUAGAAAUGCUCAGGAUUUAGAAAGAACUAUUCAUAGAUUAAAUAGUCAGCUACAGCAGAAACAGCAGACAUUUAGGGACUUGAAAAGGAAACGGGAACAGGAAGAAAAUAAUUUGCAAAGGGAAAAACAAGAAAAGAUAAGGCGGGAAAUGGAAGAGGCAAAGCAAAAGCAACUUCAAGAAAGACAGCAGAAAGAGGAAUUGGAAAGGCAGCAGAGACUGAGGGAAGAGGAGGAGAGAAGGCAGAAAGAAGAAAGUGAAAGACAGAAACAAGAAGCAGAAAAAAAGAAGCAACAGUCAUCAGUAUUCAGCAAUGCAUUUGAUGCAUUUAAUUCCAUGUCCCAGCCAAACCAGCAGGAUGUUUGGGGGGAUGCAUUUGGUGCACAGAGUCAAAAGUCCACAUCAGAUACUAAUAUAUGGGGCAGUGCAUUUGGUACACAAAGUCAAACACAGAAUGACACAUGGGCAGAUGCUUUCAGUUCAGCAAAGAAGAAGGGUGUUAAGCAUAAAGCCUUGUACAAAUUUGAAGCCAGGAAUGCUGAUGAACUGUCUUUGGAAACAGGAGAUAUAGUUCAGGUAUUCUUGGACACCACAGGUGAGCCGGGCUGGGUCCAGGGAGAGAAGAAUGGCCAAGUCGGCUGGUUCCCAGAGGCUUAUGUAGGGAAAGCGGAGGAAGAUGAUGUGCCAUCUGUAGGACCUGAUCAGAACACAGUCACUACAAGUAAUGAGACUCACAGUAAUCAAGAUAUGGGCCAGCAGCAAGUGGUAAGCCACCUGUCCACCUCAGAAGCUUCUUCAUUUACUGCAGUAGCACAACAUGCAGAGGCUAACCAACAGCAGCAGCAACCUGCAGAGAGUUCAGAGAGUCUGCAAGCUCAGGCUCUGUACCCAUGGAGGGCCAAGAAGGACAACCACCUGACAUUCAACAAAGGUGAUGUGAUCACUGUGCUGGAGCAACAGGACAUGUGGUGGUCUGGAAAGCUGCAUGGAAAAAUUGGUUGGUUUCCUAAGUCUUAUGUAAAACUGAUAGGACAGGCUCCAGCAGCUGAUAGUUCAGCAAGUUCUGAGGUAUCAGCUGUGACAUCAGAGCAAGAAAUAGUCUCUGAUGAAAGGUCAGACACCCCAGUAAAUCCACCACCAGCUGUAGAUCUGAAGAUUACAGUGGAGCCACCUCAAGGAGAUGACUUGUAUGUAGCCAUGUACAACUACAUAUCAGGGGAGGCAGGAGAUCUGAGCUUUAACCAAGGUGAUAUCAUCACUAUCACCAGUAAAGAUGGCGACUGGUGGACCGGGACAUUAAAUGAUAAAACUGGAAUCUUCCCUGCAAAUUAUGUUAAGAAGAUGGAAUCACAGGGUGAGAAUGGGGAAGACACUGAUAUGUUUUCACUAGGAGCCCUGCUCCCUGCUGUCACAGCCAGGCCAGCACCAAGUUUGAAACUUGCAGGGAAAAAGCCAGAGAUAGCAUCAGUGAUAGCAGCAUACACAGCCACUGGGGAAGAACAAUUGUCCUUGAAGCCUGGCCAGUUAAUACAUGUCCGCAAGAAGAGCCCCAGUGGAUGGUGGGAGGGAGAAUUACAGGCUCGGGGUCAAAAGAAAAAGAUUGGAUGGUUCCCUGCCAAUUAUGUCAAGUUACUAGGGUCAAGUAGUGCCAGAAGUACUCCUGUUGGUGAUGGAUCGAAGUCCAACACGCUGGGAAGAUCAACGCCAACACCAACACCAGAACAAGCUCCGCAGCCUGUGGAAGCUGCUGACCAAGUGGUAGCCCUGUAUCCGUACACUGCACAGAACGAUGAUGAGCUGACAUUCCAAAAAGAUGCCAUCAUUAAUGUGAUCAAUCGAGAUGAUCAAGACUGGUGGAAAGGGGAGCUGAAUGGACAGGAGGGGGUUUUCCCUGCUAAUUAUGUCCAGCCAGUGUCAGAUAUGAGACUAGCUUCAAAUCCUUCCCCUGCACCCACUUCAUGGACCAGCGACCCAGUUGUCCUAGCUAACACAUCAGAGACAGAGAUCCAGCGACAGAACUGCAUCCAGGAACUACUGAGCACUGAGGAGAGCUACAAUGCUGACAUGUCCAUAGUUUUAGAUGUGUUUUACAGGCCUUUAGCAGAGGCCAAAGUUCUCACUUUAGCAGAAUUAGACUCCAUAUUUGUGAAUUGGAAAGAAUUGAUUGUGUGCAAUACUAAGUUAAAUAAGUCUAUGAGAGUUCGAAAGAAAAUGAGUGGAAGUGCACCAAUUCAUAUUAUAGGAGAUAUAUUGUGUGAAAAUCUCCCACAUUUAACCCCUUACAUUAGAUUCUGCAGUAGACAACUCACAGCAGCUACUCUGAUUCAAAAGAAGACAGAAAACAGUCCUCAAUUUAAAGAAGUAGCUAAGAAAUGUUCCACUGAUCAUCGAACUAAAGGCAUGCCUCUCAGUAGUUUUCUGCUCAAACCCAUGCAAAGGAUCACAAAGUAUCCACUCAUGAUCGAGAAGAUCCUGAAGUACACUCCAGAGGAGCAUCCAGACUACCAGUACUGUCUGGACGCCCUGCAGGCUGCCAAGGAGCUGUGCGACCAGGUCAAUGAAGGCGUUCGGGAACAGGAGAACUCCAGCAAACUUGAGUGGAUACAAAACCAUGUGCAAUGUGAAGGACUACCAGAGAAAAUAACUUUCAAUUCAGUCACCAACUGCUUGGGACCACGUAAACUUCUUUAUUCAGGAACUAUAUACAAGGCCAAAAGCAAUAAAGAGCUGGUUGGGUUUCUUUUCAAUGAUUUCUUAUUAUUGGUACAACCCCAGCGCCCUCUGGGAAGUGUUGUGUCAACAUUUAGCUUUGACCCAGAGACCAAAGUGCAUUACAAGAUGUACAAAACUCCUAUAUUCCUGAAUGAAGUGGCAGUGAAGGCUCCCCAAGGUGCUGAGGAGGACCCUACAGUAUUUCAGCUCAGUCAUAUAGACCGGUGGUACAGUUUUAAAAGUCUAACACAGCUGGAGAGGGACAGCUGGGUGAAAAAGAUAGCAGCAGCUUCCAAAGAAUACCUUGAAACAGACCGAAGGAAAAGGGAGAGGGCUUACUCAUUAGCUAAAAAGAUGCCUCGAGGUGUGGGUCGCCUGCUGGUCAUUGUGCAGGAAGGGAAAAACCUUGUGGCCAGCGAUGCCAAUGUGAGGAAGGUCCCAGCAGUGGGCAGGCUUUUAGUAGUCAUAGUAGAAGGAUGUAACCUCAAGACUCAUGGCAACACUGGCAAGAGUGACCCCUACUGUGAGGUGAGCAUGGGUUCUCAGGAACACAAGACGAAAGUGAUCAACAGCACCCUAAAUCCCAAGUGGAACUCCUCCAUGCAGUUCACGGUGAAGGAUGUCAAGGAGGAUGUGCUGUGUAUCACGGUGUUUGACAGAGAUUUGUUCACACCAAAUGACUUCUUAGGAAGGACAGAGAUAAGGAUAGCAGACAUCUUGAAAGAAAACAAAGAAAAGAAAGGUCCAGUCACCAAAAGGCUUCUGCUCCAUGAAGUGGAGAAGGGAGAAGUUGUUGUCAAGUUAGAUAUUCAACUUUUUGAGUCCAGCUAGCCACAAAAGUAUGACUGUGUAUAAAGAUUUCAAAUAACAAAAUGACAGUGAAAAAAUUUACUCCUUUUUGUGUAGUUUCAUAUGUAUAUCUAAAACUGAAACUGUGGCCCUGAAAGCUAACCAUUGUAUGACACUGUAAAAUGACUAAUUUAAAAUCAAAUUUAUUUUUGUGUAAACACAAAUGUCAAAUUUAAGCGCUGACAUAAAUAUUCACCAAAAACAUAUUUUCUUGAAUACUUUAUCAUUAAUAUUGAUCAUUAUGGAUAAAUGGUAAAAUCUUGUGUUUUAUAACUUGUAAGAUCUACAUUUUUGGUGAGAAAUCCUCAGCGUUUACAACAUUUUGCCUUCAAAAUGUGUUAAAGCAAAGCUAGAUUAAUCAGUGGCAUCAAUGAAACUUAUGUAUCGUAGCCUUUUCUGUCUUCUAAUGCUCAACUCUUCUCAUUCCUUUGGCUGUUUGUGUUGUCACGCAUAAACUCUUCAUGUCACCAAUUUUUUGUCAAAUGAUAUUUUUUAUAAUUGCUUCUUGGACUGCUGUGAUUGAUGUACAUGUUUACAUAUAUGUUCAAAUCCUCGCUUUUCUCACUGCCAUACUGUGUCACAUUUUGGUGUUCUCACCUUUUUAUCCCUUUGUAUGUUUGUUUUCCCUUUUGUCACUUUUAUUCAGAGACAUUCUGAAUGGUUUAAAGAUGUUAACUGAAGAAGAGCUUACUGUAAAGAUAAAGAAGUCUGUAUAUUAACUGUUUGUUUACUUGAAGGUAUGUGCAUGUACACACAAAUGCACAGGCACAUUUCCCAUGCCACAAAAUUAUCUGUAUGUUAUGUUAAUAAGUGAGACAAUGUAUGUUAUGUUAAUAAGUGAGACAAUGUACUAAUGGUAGCAUUAGAUUCAGUAGAAAAUCAUUUAAUCAUUCCAGUGAGAGUCAUCAAGUGUUAUACCUCAGUCUAAAGAAUUGCGCAGAUGUGAGGGUAAAUGAUUGUGCCAUGAAAGAUUCUGUAAACCUCUCUUCUACGAGAUGUUUUAUUUAUAUCCUCUUAUUCUGUAUAUGAGAGGUGUAUUAAAGAGGACAAGUGGUGCUGAAACGAUGAGAAGUUACACAUCCAAGGGAACUGUUACUAUUAAGUGCGCAAUUGCUUGCCAAUAUUCAACUUCAUGAGAUAUUAAUUUAAAAUAAAUGUUAUUAGACUGACUAUUGUAAUGGAUUCUGUGUAAAUACAUAUGGGUCAUUCCACAAAAAGUGGCUCUCAAGGAACUGCCAAUUAUUCCUUAAUUUUGUGUUAUAAUAUAUUUGCAUAACUGUUUUGAACUGCUUUUUAAUGACUUAUUUUUUCUAUGUUGGAGGGUACAAAAGUAUUAAAUGGUGAAAAAUAAUGAGACAAAUCAGAAUUAUGCAAAUUAUACUCAAAAUGAAGGUGAACUGGCAUUCAUCAGAGUCAGUUUUUUGUAAACCGUAUUAAUUUAGUACUUGUUUAAGAGCAUAGAUAAAUAACCUUAGGCCAAGGGGGUAAGAAAUUGUCACAAAUUACUCUAUGAAUCAUGUUUUACUUCCUCUUCUGAAGUUUAUCUGUCUAAAAUGCGUUUCACCUUGUACUCAUUAGUUUUCUGAGCCAUUUCUUGAAUUUUGGUGCUCCUCGAAAUUGAUUAGCAUAUCUUGCCAUAGCAAUUCACAAGCCUCCAUGCUUGAUCUCAAAUGCUGAUGUUCUUUAGUGCAUAUUAUUAAGUUCAAAAUGUUUUAGAUAUUAUGGUUAUAAUUCACAAAACUACACUAUACAAUUUACAGUGAAUCCUAUACUAUAACCAUAUAUAAUUUGCCCAUCUUAUAUCUGUCAUGCUUUGGUUGUAAAAUGAUUCUCUCAGAACCUUGACAUAAGCACAACAACAUAUUCUUGAAGACCAUAGUAUUUUCAGAAUAUAUUGAGUGCAAAAUUCUCACAUUUGUUGUAGUGUUAGCAUUUUGAGGACUACCAAAGAAUUCUUGUGUAAAGUGGUAAAAAUAUUGUUAAAAUCUAGUGGGUAAUUUUGUAAAACCUAUAAAGUUAGAACAAAAUUAAACAUUAUAUGGUGAUCAGACAAAGCAAGAGGUUGAAAAGAUGAAAAGCAAACUCCCCUGAGAUGGGGAAGGAGAUGUAAAAGAAAAUAUUAUUUUACAGUAAUAAAUAAAUUAUUGGA